CGGGUGGAGCUUGUGAACGUGGGAACGUUUGUGGGUUGCUGGCUGCUGGGUUGCUGCGGGUCUGGAGUAAUACUUGUUUGACAGGAAGGUGAGGCGACCUCAGCACAGGGAUUAAAAGCAGAAGUUAGUUAUAGUGUGUCUGUGGCAGUUAGCGAGGCAACGGGGAGGCAGACUUGAGAGCUAUAAAUGAUUUGUACGAGUCUAAGCAACAGGGCACAGAGCGAAAUGUCAGGGACUGUUUCAGCCUUGAGCAAAGGGAAGCGCGAGUAGUACACCGCAACGCGGAAAAUAUUCAGGGGGAGAGAAUGCGAAUGGUGCGAAGAUGCCGAAAUCAAACAAAAUGGAAACGAUGUAGCGUCGCUGCGGCAUUUCAUAUAGGUAGAACUAACGUUAGAGUAGAGAAUAGAUAGCUAAGGAGCUAGCAGGUUAACUAACAUACAUGUAAAGUUAUUCCCCGGAGAAGCUGAAGCAGAGUUCAUCAGUGUUGCGAAAUCAAAGAAGAUAAAAACAAGAAGAUGCUACGGAGAAGACUGAACCGUUUGCUUGGCGGCGAUGAAAGAAGAGUAGACAGUAGGACUAUCUAUGUUGGUCAUCGGUCAUCUUCCACCACUGAGGCUUUCAUCCCACCCAAGUUCUGUGAUAACAGGAUUGUGUCCUCAAAGUAUACAGUUUGGAACUUUCUACCAAAGAACCUGUUUGAGCAGUUUAGAAGAAUUGCAAAUUUCUACUUCCUUAUCAUCUUCCUGGUGCAGGUGAUAGUGGACACCCCCACCAGCCCAGUCACCAGUGGCCUACCCUUAUUUUUUGUGAUAACAGUAACCGCUAUCAAGCAGGGUUAUGAGGACUGGCUACGGCACAAGGCUGACUAUGAGGUGAAUAAGUACCCAGUGACUGUGCUAGAGCAAGGCCGGAAGAUACGGAAAGAGAGUGAGAAGAUCAAGGUUGGAGAUGUUGUUGAGGUGGAGGAAGAUGAGACCUUUCCCUGUGAUUUAAUACUGCUGCAGUCUAGCCGAGAUGACGACACAUGUUUUGUUACCACAGCAAGUCUGGAUGGAGAGUCCAACCAUAAGACACACUACACUGUGCCAGACACAGAGAAGGAUCUGGAAUCUCUCAACGCCACCAUUGAGUGUGAACAGCCACAGCCUGACCUUUACAAGUUUGUCGGCCGUAUGCACAUCUACAAAAAUGAACAGGAGCCUGCAGUAAGGUCUUUGGGCCCAGAAAACCUCCUGCUGAAAGGGGCAACUUUAAAGAACACUCAGAAAAUCUAUGGUGUCGCAGUUUAUACUGGCAUGGAGACAAAGAUGGCUCUCAACUACCAGGGCAAGUCUCAGAAACGCUCUGCUGUGGAGAAGUCUAUCAAUGCCUUCCUUCUGGUUUACCUUUGCAUAUUGGUGAGCAAGGCCCUAGUGUGCACUACUCUUAAGUAUGUGUGGCAAAACAAGCCCGGGCAGGAUGAGCCUUGGUACAACGAGAAAACCCAGAGAGAGAAGGACACCAAUCUGUACCUAAAGAUGUUCACUGACUUCCUGUCCUUCAUGGUGCUCUUCAACUUCAUCAUUCCGGUGUCCAUGUAUGUGACGGUUGAGAUGCAGAAGUUUUUGGGAUCCUUUUUCAUCACGUGGGACAAGGACUUCUUUGACCCUGAAAUCAAGGAGGGGGCGCUGGUCAACACUUCAGACCUUAAUGAGGAGCUGGGACAGGUGGAGUAUGUCUUUACAGACAAGACGGGCACCCUCACCCAAAACAACAUGGAGUUCAUAGAGUGCUGCAUUGAUGGCUUUCAGUACAAGUACCGGGAUGCAAACUCAGAGUUGGAUGGAUUAUGUGUCGCAGAUGGACCUGUGAACAAAGUGCAGCAGAAAGCUGGCAGGGAGAGGGAAGAGCUGUUUCUGCGUGCCCUGUGUCUGUGCCACACAGUCCAGGUGAAGGAGCCCACGGAGCAAAACCAAAGGGACGGACUAGACCAGGUUGAUGGCUUUGUGGUGGAUAGUGAGGAGCCCCAUCCACCGCAGGAGCAGAGAGGCUUUAUUGCCUCCUCCCCAGAUGAGGUUGCUCUUGUCAAGGGUGCCAUGAGGUAUGGCUUCACAUUUCUGGGUCUCGAAAGUAAAACCAUGAAAAUUCUCACCAGGAGCAAUGAUGUUGAAAUGUAUGAACUGCUUCACGUCUUGAACUUUGACCCAGUGAGAAGGCGAAUGAGUGUAAUAGUCAGAUCCAAAUCAGGUGAUACGUUGCUCUUCUGUAAGGGAGCGGACUCCUCCAUCUUUCCUCGAGUCAGACAGGAGGAGGUUGAACGGAUACGCAUGAAUGUGGAGCGUAAUGCAACAGAGGGCUACCGGACGCUAUGUGUGGCCUACAAAUAUCUCAGUGCAGAAGAGUAUGCCCAGGCAGAUGCAGGAUUGAGGGAAGCUAGACUGUCUCUGCAGGACAGAGAGGAGAAGCUCAUUACCGUUUACAACCAGGUGGAGACUGGCAUGAGUCUAAUAGGAGCUACUGCUGUAGAAGAUCGGCUUCAAGAGGAGGCAGCAGAGACCAUGGAGGCUCUGCAGGGUGCAGGCAUUAAAGUUUGGGUCCUAACAGGGGACAAGAUGGAGACGGCAAAGUCCACCUGUUACGCUUGUAGGUUGUUCCAGAGAAAUACAGAGCUGUUGGAGCUGACUGUGCGUACUUUGGAGGAUGGAGGGAGGAGGCGGGAGGAACGACUGCAUGAGCUCUUGCUUGAAUACCACAAGAAAGCUGUACAGGAUGCACCCCCGGUUAGGGCCGGCGUCACCAGGACCUGGUCUUCAGCUACCCAGGACUAUGGUUUUAUCAUAGAUGGAGCCACCCUGUCGAUGGUGCUCAACUCAUCCUCUGAAUCCAGCUCAAGUCGCUACAAGAACCUGUUCUUGCAGAUAUGUCAAAACUGCACAUCUGUGCUCUGCUGCCGCAUGGCUCCUCUUCAGAAGGCACAGAUAGUUAAAAUGGUGAAGAAUUCUAAAGGCAGCCCAAUCACCCUUUCCAUUGGAGAUGGUGCCAAUGAUGUCAGUAUGAUUUUGGAAGCUCACGUUGGCAUUGGUAUUAAGGGUAAAGAGGGUCGGCAGGCAGUGAGGAACAGUGAUUAUGCCAUCCCCAAACUCAAACACCUCAAGAAACUUUUGUUGGCUCAUGGGCAUCUCUACUAUGUUCGCAUUGCACACCUGGUGCAAUAUUUCUUUUACAAGAACCUUUGCUUCAUCUUACCUCAGUUUUUGUACCAGUUCUUCUGUGGCUAUUCCCAGCAACCCCUGUAUGAUGCAGCCUAUCUGACGAUGUACAACAUCUGCUUCACCUCUAUGCCCAUACUGGCUUACAGUCUCUUGGAGCAGCACAUCUGCAUGGAGGUUCUGCUGGACAAUUCUACCCUCUACAGAGAUAUUGCUAAGAACGCCAUGUUACGGUGGGGACCAUUCCUCUACUGGACUCUACUUGGAGUCUUUCACGGCUUGCUCUUCUUCUUUGGUGUUCGAUAUUUGUUCAGUAACCCAGCACUGCAAGAUAAUGGCCAGGUUUUUGGCAACUGGUCAUAUGGAACAAUUGUCUUCACUGUCCUCGUCUUCACUGUCACACUAAAGCUUGCUCUGGACACGCGGCACUGGACAUGGAUCAACCACUUUGUAAUCUGGGGUUCCCUGGCUUUCUACAUGUUUUUCAGCUUCUUCUGGGGAGGAAUAAUAUGGCCUUUCCUGAAGCAGCAACGUUUGUACUUUGUGUUUGCCAACAUGCUGAGCUCGGUGUCAGCCUGGCUGGUCAUCAUCUUGCUCAUCCUGCUCAGCCUACUGCCAGAGAUCCUGCUUGUGGUGUUCCGCAAGCCCCGUGGGCCCCAUGCUCGACAGAAGAAGCCGGUUCAGUCGAGCGUGGGGGGCAACCAGUCUCCCCGGUCUUCAGCCAGGCCCUUGCUUAUGAGAACCUUUUCAGAUGAGUCCAAUACUAUCAUUUAAACAGCUGCCAGAGGGUGGCCUCCUACAAACAUCCAGAUUGCAGUGGUCACACCACUAUCCUACAAGCACCUGAAGGAGCGCGAAUAAAAAGUGGCAAGGACUCCCAACAAAGUUGGCAUCACCCACUUUCAGGGUCCUGUACCAGUCAGGUCAGAGCCGUCUACCAUCAUGCCUGAUCUGAGAAGAAAAGGAGGAAAAAAGAAGAAAAAGAGAGAUGUUCUAAUUGAGGGUUAAUGGAGAAAAAGGGGUUUAUCAGUCUUUUGACUAGCGUCUCUCCUCCGUCCUUUUUUGCCCAAUCCCAACAACUCCCAACCCCCCAACGCAUGCCUGCAGAGCAGCGCCCUGCAUUAUUAUUAUUUUUUUAAAUAGCUACUUAGAUGACAGGCAUGAGUUUAAUUUCUUUUACUUUU